AUCAGUGCGCAUUGUACCACACUGUACCGACGUUAGUGAUUAUAAGUGCCGCUGCUCAUUGGCCCCUUCGGCCAGUUCGCGUGUACGAAGCGAGACUUGAACAGUCGUGCCUGGUAGAGUCGCCUGGUAAAGCAUGAUAGUGUUCGCGUCGGGUCGGGUCUUCUCCUGAAGAAGAAGACUCGAGCUCAGUCCGUCAGAACUCGACCGUAUCGUACGAUCGUACUAGAACUGCAAGUUCUCGGAUCGUUUGUUGCGGAUUUUCGUCUCGAGGAGCCGCUCGCGCCUUGAGCGUACCGCUUCUCCAGCGAAGUCUAUCGUCUCGUCUUUAUACAACGAAGAUCGCUAUGAUGCGAUUUUAGGGAAGAAAUUCGACGUUGAUUCGGUGAUACAUGUGAAUCCGUCGUUAGUGGCGGAAGUCAUCGGGAAAACUCGCGAGCACUUUGCCGACCGUACAAUUCAUCUCGAAGAAUAUGGAGGACGUUGCGUCUUUCCAGGAUAUUCGUUGCCGGAACGGCGUGUCCAAGUGUAUGAAUGCCGGGAAAGACGUUAACGGAAGUAUGUCCCCAAAUGUCCAACGCGAGGUGACUACUAAUAGAUUGCUGAAAAGUAUGCAGGAAAUGAGGGAGGACGUUUUGGAGCAAGUAAAUGAUCGUAUUAACGAUAUGAUGUCGGAAGUAAGGCAGAGAAUAGUAACGGAGAAGGAGGUCCCCGCUAAAGAGAACAAAUACGAUGACAAAAGGCAGUCCAACGAGGAAGGUACGUUACCAGCUAAGGUAUUCCUGCCGAGGAAUUCGAUGCUCACCGAUCUCAUGCAGAUAUCGCACAUCCAGACGGUUUACAACAUAUGUAUGAUGACUUUCAUACUCUUGUUUCUCAAUACCGUUGCACACGAUCUCAUGGACACGGGGAUGCUCUUCGUCGGAACUUGUACGGUGCAGAAGGCUUUCGGAAAGUUCCCCGUGUGUUUCUACAUAUGGUUACUCAUGAAGAUCUCGACGCUCGUUCUCUACGUGCCGUUCAACAUCUGGGCGUAUCAGCGGAUCGAAUUCUCGCCGAAAUCUCUCCUUCAAAAGGUUUGGGAUUAUGCGUGGUUGAUAACCUUCAUAUCUUAUCAAAUUCUCUUCGUCGUUUUUCCGACCAAAGCGCUGCUCGACGAGGAUCUCCCUGUAGCCUGCAGCGUAAUUAUACUCAUGGAGCAAACACGCCUAAUGAUGAAGAGUUACGCCUUCGUUAGGAACGUAGGAGCUAAAUUUGUGUUGUACAAGUCGCACGCUGAAACUCUAAAACCGAGCAGUCCGAGUUUCUCGCACUACCUGUACUUUCUGUUCGCGCCAACUCUGAUAUAUCGUGACAGUUACCCUAGGACGAAAGAGAUCAGGUGGAAGGUGGUGAUUCGCAGUUUCAUUGAACUCGGUCUGGUGAUCUUCUACCAGGCCUUCAUCAUGGAGCGUUUCGUGGCGCCCACCUUCCGCAUUUUCGGCACACAAUCCUUGGACUGGAGGUGGUACAUGAAGAGUAUCCUCAGCGCGAUGAUGCCUGGCAUACUCAUAAGCGUCUCCUCAUUCUACGGCUUGCUACAUGCCUGGAUGAACGCCUGGGCGGAGAUGUUGCGGUUCGCAGAUCGCUUGUUUUACAAGGACUGGUGGAACUGCACAUCCUAUCGUGCGUAUUAUCGCACUUGGAACGUCACAGUGCACGACUGGCUUUACACAUACGUCUACAAGGACAUGUACGAGAUCCUCUCGCCGCGCAACAAAGUCUUGGCGACCUACGCCGUUUUCUUCAUUUCGUCCAUCUUCCACGAGUACAUACUGGCUUUCACCUUCCGUUUCUUCUACCCAGUGUUGCUGAUCAUGUUCGGCGGCUUCGGUUUCGUGCUGAUGUUCAACAGAUACUUCACUGGCAAUGUCUUCAUGUGGACGAGCCUCUGCAUCGGCAAAGGUAUCGCGGUUAGCAUGUACGCGAUGGAAUACUACGCUAGGAUAAAUUGUCAGCCUUACGACGACAAAUAUCUGGAUCUGGUGCUGCCGCGAAGCUGGUUCUGUCGACCGCUCUCCGGCACAUAGAACGCACCGCAGAUAAUGUAUGCGUGUAUAUAUAUGUGUGUGUAUAUAUAUACCGGGUGUUUCAGACCACCCGGGUCACCCGAUUUUUUCGUUAACGCGACAUUUUAG